AUAAACAUCACUAAGUUUCGAGAACAGUCAAGACUUCAUUUUAGAUUACGCACAGGCAGCCCUAUUGCAAGCCAUCGGCGUUGGUAUCAGCAAAAUCAGCAAUAAUGCUCGCCAACAUCUUCCAGCAGACCCGGCUCGCUGGGCGGCAAAUGCAGCGCGCGGCCGUCCGGUCCAGCCACGGCCGUGUGCAGGUGGUGACCCGGGCCAUCGCCGUGGGCCAGAAGCUGCCAGAGGGGAAGUUUAAGUACUUUGAUGGCGAGGGCCAGAUGCGCGAUGUGACCACGGACGAGCUCUGUAAAGGCAAGAAGGUUGUGCUGUUCGCGGUACCGGGCGCCUUCACGCCCACCUGCUCGCUGAAGCACGUGCCGGGCUUCGUGGACAAGGCGGAUGAGUUCAAGACCAAGGGCGUGGACACGAUUGCGUGCGUGUCCGUAAACGACGCGUUCGUGAUGGCGGCGUGGGGCAAGGACCUGAAGGCGGGCGACAAGGUGCUCAUGCUGGCUGACGGCAACGGCCAGUUCACCAAGGCGCUGGGCGUGGAGCUGGACCUGGUGGACAAGGGGCUGGGGCUGCGCUCGCGCCGCUACUCCAUGUACGUGGAGGACGGCGUGGUCAAGGUGCUUCACCUGGAGGAGGGCGGCGCGUUUACCGUGUCAUCCGCUGAGGACAUGCUGGGCAGCCUUCCGUGAGCUGCCGACCCGCUGAGCGAUCUAGGCCGAGGUCGGCCGCGCGGAGGCGAGUUGGGCCAAGCAGGGACGGGCGUUCAGGAGCUUAUGAUACACUAGCUGUGCUGGACGGGACAAGGCUCAAUGCACCGGUAGUUGAGAGCCAAGGCGCAUACACGGAGGGAGCAUGGGCCGCAGAUAAUGGCGAGAGGACUGCGGUUCGGGGUGCGGCACAGAGAGGAUGCUGGCCUCCGUUGUGAAGGGUAACCCAGAACGCGGCCCAUGUCAUGUGUUGAUGAUGGUCAAACGGCGGCAAAUGAACAGUUUGAGGCGGCAGACGGUGUACAGUCAGUGAUAUAGCAUGGGCUAGCCGUUGUCGUGGGUUGUUGUCUGCGUGUCUGUGGGGGGUAAGAAGGCUAUUGGACGUUAGUGCUUGCAUUUUCAGCGGCGGCGCAUUCUAGUAAUAGGUGUAUUCGCAUCCCGUCGCAUUCUUCGGGGAUGAUCGGCAUCAGUUUGCAGGGAUGUAAUGCCAAUUGUUC